UCGGUUCGUCUCCAGCCAUUGUUCCCGGUUACAACCGGUUCGUCUGUCUCUAUCUCUAUUUCCACGAUAUGAAAACCCCAUUUCCAAAGCUCUCUCGCAGUGUAUGGCUUUUUCCUCUGUGUCUCUCUCUAGAGUCCUCGAUUUUCGUUUGUACGUGUGAAAAUGGAGGAGGGCAUAGACAUACCGCCGGCGGAGGAGAUGAUGAACGACAAACUGGAUUUUCCGGGUGGAGACGAAGAUGGGGAAGGCCCGCGUAACCCAAGGCCGAUGCGGCUGAAAAUCUCUGUUCAAAGCAAUGCCGUAGAUGGAGACGACCGAGAAUGUCAAGGCUCUUUCUCUCAUUGCUUUCACCCUAAAAGAGAACAAAAAGGAAAACACUGCGAAGAUGAAGAAGAGCAGCAAACUUACGAUGAAGAAGAAGAAGAAGGGUAUUAUGAUGAUGAAGAAGAAGAAGAUCCGGGCUCUAGUGUGACUGUACGACCCAGACUCGUGACCCUAACCGACCCAGAAGUCCUCGAUUGCUACAUUUGCUUCGAACCCUUUUCCAGUCCAGUCUUCCAUGUCGCUCCGCUUCGCUUCUUUAGUCAAUUUGUUGUUCUUCAAGAACAGAAUGACGAUGCUCUUUUUGUCCUCAACAAUAGAGUUGAACUUAUUGGGAAUUUAGUGACAGUUUGUUGCAUAGGGCACUGCUCAUCAACCAGAGGGUUUCCCUUCACUCUUGAGGCCAAAAUCCAUGGAAGUUCUGUCCGACUGCAAUCUUUCACAAAGAACAGUCAAAAUUGGUUGGAAGAGCCUCCUUCAACAGGGUUCCUUCUAAUUCCCUCUGGUUUUUAUGGUUCAUGUGACCAGAUCAAGUUAGAGGUCUGCAUCGAGCGCAAUGCUGCAUGUCAAAGAACAUAUUUUGUUUAA